CUGAUGAAUUUGAGAAUGAAGAUGCUGAUGAAUACAGGGUGUGUUUAUAAUAAUCGUCUUCUUUUCCUCACAGGAAAGAUUCUCUUCAGGAGAAGCCACAUCAGAGACGUGGCCAUGAAACGCCUGAAACCCAUAAACGAGUACUGUAGGGCUCUGAUCCAGCUGCCAGUGUAUAUUUCCCAAUGCGAGGAGGUUCGUGUGUUCUUCGAGACGCGUCCUGAAGACCUGGACCCACCUAAAGAGGAACCCAGUGGGAAAAAGAAAUCUGGCAUUGUGGAGCGAGCGUCUUCUUUCCUAAAGAGAGGAGGAGACUCGUCCUCAGCUGACCCGCUGAUGCUGGACCAAUACGUGGCCGUCACAGACUACGAGAAACAGGAGAGCUCUGAGGUCAGCCUGUACGUGGGGCAGGUGGUGGAGGUCAUCGAGAAAAAUGAGUCCGGCUGGUGGUUUGUUAGCUCCGAUGAUGCUCAAGGUUGGGUACCAGCCACAUGUCUGGAAGCUCAGGAUGACCCUGAUGAUUUCUCAUUUCCAGCAGAAGAAGGUGAGUCCUGCAUAUUCUGGUCACUGCCGAGGCACGUUGGUCGCCGGCGUACUUUAGGGGAUCUGUUCAGCACAGGCUUUGGCCAAGAGGAAAAGUACACCGCAAUCUAUCCUUACUCUGCACGUGAUCAAGAUGAAAUUGAUUUGGAGAGAGGCAUGACUGUUGAGGUCAUUCAGAAAAACUUGGAAGGCUGGUGGAAGAUCAGAUACCAAGGAAAAGAGGGCUGGGCCCCGGCGUCCUAUCUGAAGAAGGCUGACAUUCUCAGUCAGAAGAUGGCGGCUGGUGGCCCUGUUCAUGCCAGCACUAAUGACCUAGACGUGGCUUGCAAACAGCAGAAUGCCAACAAGGAAAACAAGGAGAAUCAGCGGGACCGCUUUUCGCCAUUUUCAGACAGCAAGCGCAAAGCAGGAGCUCGACAGAGACCUCCACCACGCCGGGAUCUUACAAUACCACGAGGAGUGAACCUGCCUAAACCCCCAGUGCCGCCGCAAGUAGAGGAGGAAUAUUACACCAUCGCUGACUUUCAGACAACCAUUCCAGAUGGCAUUAGCUUUCAGGCGGGAGUGAAAGUUGAAGUCAUUGAGAAGAACUCCAGUGGCUGGUGGUACAUUCAGAUCGAUGAAAAAGAAGGCUGGGCUCCAGUCACAUUCAUUGAUAAAUACAAGAAGACUUGCAAUGCCUCUAGGCCUAACUUUUUGGCUCCCCUUCCUGGUGAGAUGGGUCAGCUGAAGUUUGAUGAUACCUCAAACAAUAAUGCCAACUCUGAACAUAGUUGGUCCAAACCCUUGCCAGACGAACCUUCAUCCAACUCUGAAUUUUCCACCCGUUCCAAGCUAAGAGAAUGGAAGCCCAACGCGGUCAAGGGCAGCUCCCAUUUUUCUGCACCCUUACCCCCACCUCCAUCCUCACCUACGGCUGAAGAAAAGCCGGCUUUACCUCCAAGGAGAGAAUCCAUCAACAAGAGCCUGGAAUUGGAGGACAAACCCAAAGCAGACCUUUCUAAACCUCUCCCACCCAAAGUAGACCUUUCUAAACCCCUUCCACCCAAAGUAGACCUUUCCAAACCCCUGCCACCCAAAGUAGACCUUUCUAAACCUCUUCCACCCAAAGUAGACCUUUCUAAACCUCUCCCACCCAAAGUAGACAUUUCUAAACCCCUUCCACCCAAAGUAGACCUUUCUAAACCUCUUCCACCCAAAGUAGACCUUUCUAAACCUCUCCCACCCAAACCACCAAUCCCAGGGGUCAUCGUCCCAUUGGUGACGCCAAAAGCAGCUCCUCUCAAACCAGACAAACCCCCAGAGAUAAAGAAGGAGGAGAAGAACAAGCAACUCUAUCUGCGCAAUGAAAUGGGCUUGGAGUGUGGCCACAAUAUCUCAGCCAAGGAGGUGAAAAAGUUUAACCUAAAGCAUGUGGCCAAGCAGCCUCCCAAACCCAAACCAGAUUCACUCGAAGAGAAGCCUGAUUCGGCCAUCCCAGCCACCUUCCUGAAGCCGAAACCAGUGGUCAGACCAAAGCCCCCCCCUGCAGUGAAACCAGAGCCGGUAGCUAAGAGUGAGCUGGACAUCACAAACCUUCGGAGUAAACUUCGUCCGUCUAAGCUUCCAGAGCUCAGUGGCAACUCAAGUGAUCCCAACCAACAGAACGAUAUGCCAUCCAGUAACCCCCAGAAUAAUGGCGGAACAAAUGAAGAGCCAAAAUUCCCCCCUAAGCAACAAAACGGCCAUAACCCAUCAGAAACAACUAAACCGCCGACACCUGCACCAAAAGAGCCUCCCCAGAGGCCAUCUGUGGCCCCUAGAAGGCCUCCACCACCAAAGAAGAGUUCAGAGCCAGCCAGUCCUACAGACACCAAAGCUCCUCCAAAAGACUUGCUGGAAGCCAAGCCGGCUCCCCCUCCUCAGAACAGACCCCCGCCACCCAAAACGAAAGCCUUCCCUUUGCCAGCCUCCAAAGAAAAGGAGAAGGAGGAACCCAAGCCCAAAAUACCUGUGCCACCAAAGCCCCUCAUUAAGACAGAAAAACCAGGGCCUCCGAGAGACAAACUCCCUCCCCUUAUCAAGGAGCCAGCCAAAGAGGAGCUGUUCUUAGCCGUGGCGGACUUUGAAGGAGACGAGCAGACACCUGGCUUUAAAGAGGGCGCUGUCUUCGAAGUGCUGGAGAAAAGUGGCAGCGGCUGGUGGUUUUGUAAAAAUGUGAGUGAUGGGCCAGGGAUGGAGGGCUGGAUUCCUUCCAAUUACCUGACCAAGAAACCUUAGGUACUCUCGGCAUCGCUGCCUAAAGAAAACUUAUUUAAUUAACAUCUUUAUUUAUGGGUACCUUUUUUUAAAUCUCAUUCCAUCCUUUGCAAGUUCAAACAGGCCAUACUAAUUUGUUUGCUUGCUUUUUAAUUGUGUAACUCUCCCUUUUAGUGUGCUUUAGCACUGUUACUUGCACAUCCUUAUGUUAAUCAAACCUUAUAUGUAUCGCUAAAGGUUUAAGUGACUAGCAAUAUAUCAAUGACUUUUCACAGCCUCCAUGAUAUUGUGCCUCAGUAUAAUAUGCAAAGCAUUCUGUGCUUUUUGCGUAGUAAAUGCAAAUAAGUCAAACUUGAUAUCUGAGCAGUGUAUAUCAGCAGAUUGAGUCUAGAUUAGAAUAGGAGUAUGCUUCUAUAUUACACAUACUACAAAACCUUACAAUUAGCAAGCUGGAGCUUCAAAUCAAGCCUGGAGAACUUAAACACUCUAGCUUUAUAACGCUACGUUUCAAUUUUGAGUCUUUUAGUUUACAGCCAAGUACAAAUAGUCAUAAAUAUUGUAGGUUCUGAGACUAUAAAACUCUACAGAUCACUUUGCUUGUUUAUCUACUUUAAGUUUCAAUUGUUUGGUUUCAAGCUGCACUUUUUAUAGACUCUGCACUGUGGAACUGAUGAGUAAAGGGAAGGUGUGGAAUGAGGAGAAGCAAGAAAAGUGUAAACACACGGCCUUAAGGUUUACAGGACGGUGGCACCCAUUUCUAUUCUUAUUUCUUUUCUAUUUGAUUUCUGUCGUGUAAAUGUUAUUGCAAACAUUGAUAUAAAAAGCAACUCUGUUUCGCAGUACCAAUUGUCCACAUUAGUGAAUAAUGGAUUACCUCAGAGCAGCCAUAAUAUUGUCAAUCUUUUAUAUGUCAGUAUUGCCCAAAGUAUUUUCAUACCAUUGACUAAAGGUGCUUAGAUAUUUUACAAUCAUUGUCAAAUGCGUCAACAUUCAUGCUUGACUGGUUUCAAGCAUACAUUUGAUAAACAUGUUUAUUGUUAACACUACAUUUGGAAAUGUGUAUUUUAUGUUACUAAAAAUAUUUUGUGUUUUGUUUUCCAUUCGUUUUGUUUAUCAGAAAACUAAACCAGUGUUAAAUAGGUGCCCAGUGGACUUGACAAUACUGGGAGCACCAGAAAUCAUAUGCUGACUUUGCUCUAUGGUCAUCCGCUCCUGGUUGCUAUAAAAUGCAUCCAUAAAAGCAGUCCAUCUUUAAACGUGCAACACAUGCAAGUGCCUGAGUUAGGAAAGGAGAAUGGAAGGUGUUCUAUAUUGAGAGGUAUUUGCUAGAGAAAUACUAUGAAGGAUAAGAGAGUGAAGAGGGUAAACACUAAGUAUGAAACGUGACUGUUCAAAUGUGUUUCUCCAACCAGGAACAAAGGCAAGAUGACAUGGGUUACCUUAUUAUUAUAAUUAUUUUUUGUGUGUGAUGUUGUGUUAAUAGUAUUUUUGUCUUUUAACUUUUUUUACAUAAUGUAAAUCAAAUAAACAUUUUAAAUAGUCAA